AGAACAGGAGACUUUGCUCGCGCUCCUCUUCCUCCGAUGCCAUCGCGCCGCGUCGCCGUGAUCGGCGCGGGGGCCGCGGGCCUGGUGGCGGCGCGGGAGCUGCUGCGGGAGGGCCACUCGCCAGUCGUCUUCGAGCGCGCGGCCGGCGUCGGCGGCACCUGGCUGUACAAUGGCGAGGCGUCGGCGGAGCCGCUCGGCGCCGGCGGCGUCCACGGGAGCCUCUACGCGUCCCUCCGCACCAACCUUCCCCGCGAGUGCAUGGGCUUCCUCGACUUCCCCUUCGUCGCCGACGAGGACUCCGUUGACCCGCGCAGGUUCCCCGGGCACCAGGAGGUGCUCCGGUACCUCCAGGCGUUCGCUCGGUGGUUCGAUCUCCACGGGCUGAUCCGGCUCGAGGCGGAGGUGGUCAGCGUCCGGCGCAGCGGGGACGCGAGCUGGAGCGUGUCGUACUGCAGGAGGAAGCUCGCCGGCGCCGACGCUGGCGGCGAACUGCAGGAGGAGGAGGAGCAGUCGGAGGUGUUCGACGCCGUCGUCGUCUGCAACGGCCACUUCGCCGAGCCCCGCCUCGCCGAGAUCGCCGGUAAGCUAGAUGACGAGGAGGCAGGUGUCGUCGCCGUCGACGACAACCGUGUCGGCCCGCUGUACAAGCACGUGUUCCCGCCGCGGCUGGCCCCUCGCAUCUCCUUCAUCGGACUGCCAUUCAAGGCGAUCCCUUUCCUGGUGUUCCAGCUCCAGAGCAGCUGGGUGGCUGGGGUUCUGUCGGGGAGGAUCGAACUCCCGCCGCCGAAGGAGAUGAUGCAGGACGUGGCGGCAUUCUACACAGACAUGGAGGCCUGUGGACGCCCCAAGAGGUUCACCCAUGACCUCGGCGCAAGCCUGUUCGAGUAUGAGGAUUGGUUGGUUGAGCGGUGCGGGCUGGAGAGGAUCGAGGAGUGGAGGAAGGCGAUCUAUGUCGCGGCCAGAGGCAGGCAAGGCUUAUUCUUUCACUCGGGCCCGAUGGCUCCCUUGAUCAUCAACAACGAUGAGGUCCAGGGUGAGACUUUUGCCCCCGGACAGAUCUUCGUCUUCGGCGGCUUCGCACUGCGGGCCAAUUCGCUUGGCCACCUGGAGCAGAUCGAAAGCUACGCCCCUGGCCAU